AAAAAAGGAACGAUGGAAAGAGAAACCGAUACUGUCAUUGCAACUUUAGUUCUGAAGGACGGCUCAACUUAUCAAGGAUUUUCUUUUGGAUCAGAAAGCAAAUCAGUGGCAGGAGAAUGUGUAUUCCAAACUGGUAUGGUUGGUUAUCCCGAGUCUCUCACCGAUCCGUCAUAUCAGGGUCAAAUCCUUGUCUUAACAUUUCCACUUGUGGGCAAUUACGGUGUCCCUUCGCGCGAUGACAUGGAGCCUCUUCUCAAAGAUAUUCCAAAGUAUUUUGAAUCUCGGGAGAUACAUAUAACGGGCUUGAUAAUUGGACAAUAUUCUCCAGAUUAUUCUCAUUAUCUAGCGCACUCUUCGUUAGCAGAUUGGUUAAAAGAACAAGAUAUCCCAGCUAUUUACGGAGUUGAUACUCGUGCUCUCACAAAAAAGAUUCGCACUCAAGGUGUACUUUUGGGCAAGAUUUUAUUUCCAAAAAGCGUUGUCGGCAACGCUACUUUGGGUGUCUCGACGGCGAAUGGUCUGUCCACUGAUGGAAUAAUCCAUCCGGAACCAUGGAUUGCCAACUAUCAAGAUGUUCCAUGGGUCGAUCCGAAUGAAAGAAACCUUGUGGCGGAAGUUUCUGUAAAAGAACCAAAAUUAUAUGCACCUGAUCCAUCAAAAGCCAUCAAGGAUGCGAAAGGUAUAACACUGCGCAUUGUUGGUGUUGAUGUUGGUAUG